CACGCUCGCCCGCCGCACCACGCCAUGGGCCGCUGGCUACGUGCAAUCUCUCACCCGCUGUGGAUGGUUUCUACGCUGCUGCUUUGGAUGGUGGUGCGCUUGCAGCGGAGGGGGGCUUGGGACCCACGCGCUUGCCCCGCACACCUGAAAGGGAAGACAGCCAUAGUGACUGGAGGCAAUUCAGGGAUUGGAAAGUUCAUUGCCAUGGACUUUGCUCGCAGGGGAGCUCGUGUUAUUCUGGCUUGUCGAAAUGUAUCCCGUGGCGCGGCGGCAGCUAAAGAAAUCCAAGCAAAAACAAGAAACUGUGACGUCCACGUCCGUCAGGUGGACCUUUCCUCUCUGGACUCUGUCAGAGAUUUUGCUGAAAAGAUUCGAGAGGAGGAAAAAGCUCUUCACAUCCUUGUCAACAAUGCCGGAGUGUCAGGUUUACCCCGGCAGAUUACCAAAGAUGGGUUUGACGUUUCUUUUGCAACCAAUCAUUUGGGACCAUUCCUUCUCACAAACCAGCUGCUGGACCUGAUGAAAUGUUCAGCUCCAGCACGGAUUGUCACCAUCAGCUCCGCCAACCACAAAAAGGGCGAAGUGGACUUCUCUCAUUUUCAAGGGGAAAAUGUUACUUACAGACUUGAUCGGGUUUACAACAGCACCAAGCUACAUAACAUCAUAUGUACUAAUGAGUUAGCACGGAGGCUUCAGGGCUCAGGCGUCACAGCCAAUUCUGUUCACCCUGGUGUUGUCAUGACGGGGAUGAUGCGGCACUAUCCUUUUAGGAUUCGUUUUGUCUUCUGCCUCAUUGGACAGUUCUUUUUCAAGUCUGCAGAGGAGGGGGCAGUCAGCGCCAUCUACUGUGCCGUGUCAGAGGAAGCAGAAGGCAUAAGUGGAAAAUAUUUUGACAGCGACUGCUCCCUCGUCCUCCCUGCCCCCUUAGCCCGAGACACAGCCCUAGGAGUCAAGGACUUUGAGAUUUGUGAAAGACUGACAUCGAAGCUGUGAUGCAACCUUCCUCCUGAUAACAGAAAGGCGGUCACAUUUCUUACACUUGUUAAAGAAACUACGCUCACAUUUCAACCGUUAUAUUUAAUCAAUUGUAUUUAAUGCAACUUGGCAAGGAAGAAUUUAUAUAAAGCCAUGUUUA